CAAAAAUGGAUAACAAUAAAAAUAAUUCCUCCCCAAUUCUAUAAAUAAGUUAAGAUACUUCACAACUUCAAAACUUCUUCAUUAACCAUCAGUUAAUUGACAAUGAAGGUUUUACUAAUCUUUGUGCUUUCCCUCCUAUCCCUCCUCGUCUCCCCACCACUCAUUCCGGCCGCUGCCGCCGCAUCUCCGGCCGUCCUCGACGUGAAGGGCAAGCCGCUGAUAGUCGGCUCGAACUACUUCGUCCUCCCGGUGAUCCACGGCAGCGGCGGCGGGCUAUACCCGUCCAACACCAAACCGAACACGUUCGGAUGCCCUCUGGACAUCAUCCAAGAAGCCAAUGAAGUCCAGAAGGGCAUUCCGGUCGUGUUCAGCCCGGUCAACGCCACCGCCGCCGGCGGCGGCGGCACCGUCCCGUUGUCGACCGACCUGAACGUCAGGUUCUACACCCCGACGAUUUGCGCGCGGAGGAUGGGGUGGAAAACGGACGGCCCCGACGAGUCGUCGAAGCAGUACUUCGUAAAGACGGGCGGGGCCGAGGGGAACCCGGGCCCGCAGACUUUGAGCAGCUGGUUCAAGAUCGAGAAGGCGGGGAGCGAUUUCAAGUUCGUGUUUUGCCCGACCGUUUGCAGCGUUUGCAAAGUGGUUUGCAAAGACGUGGGAAUCUAUGUGCAGAAAAAUGGGGCCCGGUUUUUGGUGCUGAGUGAGGUUCCAUUCAAAGUUAUGUUUGAGAAGACGUUUUGAUUCGUUGGAUGUUUAGAAUUGUUGUUGUUUCUACUUCAGUUUUGGAGUUGGAUUUUGUAUGGCACCAAGGAAGGAAAAAGGAGAUUCCAACUCCAUGAUUUCAUGUUAAGGAAGAAGAAGGAUCAAGAAGGAAGUAGCUAAAGUUUCUAAAAUCCUGAGUUCAAACACAGCAGCCCACUUCUAGGAACAUCCGGAAGGUAUCGUAGAGAAAGUUCGGCAUUGGAACGUUGAAGUUAGUGAGUUAAUCGUCGGAAUCAUGUUCAUCGACAUACCCGAAAUUCUGGACAGCAACUUUAUAUUGACUUCAGGUCCAAUUUACGCUAUCUUACAUAUGUUAAAACAAAAUACUUUCUAUACGAAAGUUGUAGCCUUACAUCUUAGGAAUCCACAGAAUCAAACGGUUUGCAAUUCCGUGGAGAAACGAUGGAGAUAUGCCCAAAUUACCGCAAGCUGUCCAGUUGUGACGAAAAUGACAAAGUUGGCAAAUUUCGAUGUUGUUUCCACUCCCGCUCAUCCGUAAGGUUUCGGCCGAUGAUUUCCAGGUCUGUACCUUUGCGUUAGACUUGUCGAAUCAUUCAUCACAUACGUACAUGAACAUAUAUGUUAAUCCAUAUGUUGAAAUCAUCCCAAAAUAUAUAUGUGAUACAUAUAUUAGUCAUCUUUGUGUUAA